CAGAAAGAUUGGAUUUAAGACAUGCAGUUGUCAACCAAUAAUGCAGCAUAAAUAUAUCCAUUGAGGGAGUCUAAGUGGUCAGUACGGAAUUAAUAAUUUGCUCUGCUCUAUAACUAUUGUUCUAUCUCUGCUGACUCCCAAACACGACCCACUGAGGACAGAGAUAAAUGGCGAAUGAAUGUGGAUGGGAUGAGUCCUAUAAGGAAGCAUUAUUGGAGCAGAAAGAAGAGAAACAGUACUAUGAGAACUGCCCAGGUUGUAAGGUGGAGCAACAGAGACAGCUGCAAAGAGGGGUUCCAGUCAAAUUGCUGAUCCGCGUUUGGACAAUUGUUCUCUGCACUUCACUUCCAAUAUCAUCUCUCUUUCCAUUCCUAUAUUUCAUGAUAAGAGAUUUCAAAAUUGCAGAGACCGAAGAAGAUAUUGGUUAUUAUGCAGGUUAUGUAGGAUCCGCAUUCAUGCUUGGAAGGGCAAUGACAUCUCUAUUUUGGGGGAUGUUAGCCGAUAGAUAUGGCAGAAAACCGGUUUUUAUAUUCAGCACAAUCUCUGUGGUGAUUUUCAAUACACUUUUCGGUUUUAGCGUAAACUUCUGUAUGGCAAUCAUUACUCGAUUUCUUCUUGGAAGUUUAAAUGGUUUGCUUGGACCAAUCAAAGCAUUUGCAGUAGAAGCCUUUCCGGAACGAUAUCAAUCAUUGGGACUAUCUUCGGUUAGCACAGCAUGGGGUAUGGGCUUAAUCAUUGGCCCCGCUUUGGGAGGUUUUCUUGCACAGCCUGCAGAGAAGUAUCCUUCGUUCUUCUCAAUGGACUCAUUAUUCAGAAGAUUUCCCUACCUUUUGCCUUGCUUGUGCAUUUCUAUGUUUGCAUUACUUGUGACCAUUUCCACAUUUUGGUUACCGGAAACACUACAUAAACAUGACUCAGUGAGCGUUUCAUCUUUCAACUCAAACAAGACUUUAGAGGCUGCUUCUAAAACCUCUAGAGGAUCCAAGAAGAGAAUUUUCAAUAAUCGGCCCUUAAUGUCAUCUAUUGUUGUAUAUUGUGUCUUUUCCCUUCAUGAAAUGGCUUAUACCGAGAUAUUCUCAUUGUGGGCUGAGAGUCCUCGAAGACUUGGAGGAUUAAGUUAUUCUUCAGACGAUGUUGCAAUCGUUCUAGCAAUCUCUGGGUUCAGUCUUCUGGUGUUUCAAGUUUUUGUGUAUCCCUUUGUGGAGAGAACAAUUGGCUCUGUAAUGGUGUCCAGAAUUGCAGGAAUUGUGGUGAUUCCCCUGCUAGCGAGUUACCCUUACAUUGCAAAUUUAUCCGGGAUAAACCUCAAGAUUGUGUUAAAUUGUGCAUCCCUCUUGAUGAACAUUUUAUUAGUAACAAUCGUAACCGGACUCUUCAUUCUACAGAAUAGUGCAGUGGAUCAAGAUCAAAGAGGAUUAGCAAAUGGCAUUGCGAUGACCGGGAUGUCAAUCUUCAAAGCUUUAGGUCCCGCAGGAGCAGGAACAUUGUUUUCUUGGUCAGAAAAGCGUCAAAGUGCGAAAUUUCUUCCAGGCAAUCAAAUGACAUUCUUUACGCUCAUUGUCAUUGAUGGUAUUGGUGUAUUGCUCACUUUUAAGCCAUUUCUUGUUGAACGAAUGCCAAGCUAAUCGAUGAAAGAAGUGUGUAUAUGCCCAUAUCUUCGAGCAUUUUUUCCCCAACAAAGCUCACUGCUGGGAGGAAAUUGAUAUUUGCACAUGCAUCAAUGCAUUUAACACUUCCAUUUAUGUAUACCGGCAGUAUUCCGUUUUUUUAAACUAUUCUGUUUUUUCAUAUUGAUAACUUUCUCAUGUUUUUUGUUAUUUAAGCUCUAGUUGUUGUUAGGUGAUGAAUUGGUUGAAUCACAUUGUGGGUGAAUUGUGUGUAGAAUUGUGAUAAUUUUUCACGUAGUUUUAGCGAUGGAUAUAUAUAGUGGCAGAAAAGUAAAGAUACAAAUAUUUAAC